GCAGCGGCACACCGCAUACACACUUCGAACGUCGUCCGUGUACUAUCAUCACCCCUCUACUCAGAAAAUACAAGAGAGGAGAAAAAAAUACAAGUCUCUUGUUUUCCAUAAUAUAUAGUGAAUGUUUUGAAAAAAAAUUGACACUAAAACAUUGAAUGUUAUCGCAAAUAUAUUUAAUCAGUGAUUCAGUGAAUUGAACAUAAUAGGUGUGUGUGAGUGUCAAGAAAAUUUUUCAUUGUUAACAGUUUUGUUUUUUGAUAAUCAGUGCCACAUGCUUGUGAGCCUCGGCCCCUCUUUGGCUUCGAUAUAAAGUCGGAUAAUAAUGAGACAUUGGCGGUAAAAGAAUAACAAUUGGCAUCAAUUUGGAGCUAAAGUAAUUGAAGAUUUUAAGAAAAAAUUGAGUCUAACAUGCCGAUGGUGUUUCUGGACCGUUUGCCGGUCCCGAGUUUACGAGUCUACACGGCAAUUAGUAUUGGAAUUUUGUCAUGCUCCGUAUAUUAUGCCGCGCAAAUAGUCAAGGAUCCAGCGUGGCGGACAAAUCACACGAAUAUCAUUGAUCAUGAAAAUGUCACGACAAAUGUCACCGAAGCCGAUUCAAGAUCGUUUGGUGUUCAUCUCAAGGAGAUAUUGGCGUGCAUGGUACAGGAGCCGGGAUGCAUUUGGACACUGAUAAACAUGGCCUAUUGUGUCCUAAUUCUACUGGGAAAAUCAAUUCAGAAACUCGUAUUUGGCGAACUUCGAGUUUCCGAGAGGCAACAUUUAAAGGACAAAUUUUGGAAUUUCAUCUUCUAUAAAUUCAUCUUCGUUUUUGGAGUACUUAACGUUCAAUAUAUGGACGAGGUCGUUCUCUGGUGCGCCUGGUUCACUGCUCUCGGAUUUCUCAGUCUUCUCAGUCAACUUUGCAAAGAUCGAUUCGAAUAUCUUUCGUUUUCACCCACAACACCAGGAUGGAGUCACGCAAGAUUGUUGGGUCUUUUGGCGUCAAUAUUGGCACUUUCCGGUUUUAUGCUUCUUCUUUGCACAGCCGCCGCAUUUUUCUUCGUCUCCUUUAACACCUUUGCUUUCAUGUCAGCAGAGUGUGUACUUCUUGGCGUAAGAACAAUUCAUGUCAUGUUACGUUACGCUAUUCAUCUCUAUGACACAAGAGGUGCUGGCACUUCCUCUCCACGUUCCUGGGACAAGAGAGGACCCUUAGCUUAUUAUACGGAACUUGCAUCAGAAUUAACAGUUCUUGCAGUUGAAUUUCUCCAUCAUAUUCAUAUGCUUUUGUGGAGCAAUAUUUUCCUUAGUAUGGCGUCUCUUGUUAUUUGCAUGCAGCUGCGAUAUUUAUUCUAUGAAAUUCAACGGCGCAUCACUAAGCAUCGAAAUUAUCUCGCCGUUCUCAGUCACAUGGAGCAAAAUUAUCCAAUGGCAACGCAGGAGGAGCUCGCCGACAAUUCGGACAAUUGCGCCGUUUGCUGGGAGAAAAUGGAGACGGCAAGAAAAUUGCCGUGCGGUCAUUUGUUCCAUAAUUCGUGUCUUCAAUCGUGGUUGGAGCAGGACACAUCGUGUCCAACGUGUCGUCUUGCAUUGAGUAUGCAGGCAAAUCAUCGUGAGAAUAAUCCCGAAAUACCACCAGAAUCGCAAACACCAGCGCGACGCAAUGACAAUCAUUUCUUUCAUUUCGAUGGUUCGCGUUACGUUUCCUGGCUGCCGAGCUUCUCCGUCGAAGUCACGCACAAUCGUUUGCGUGGCGAUUUUCUCACAAUGGCGCACAGUAAUUCGCAAUUGGACGCAAUGGCACGACAGGUACAACAAUUGUUUCCGCAUUAUCCGCGGAAUGUUGUGAUUGAGGAUUUAAGAGUGACGAGAUCGGUGGAAUUGUCGAUUGAAAAUAUUCUCGACGGUAGACUAACAUUGCCACAUCAUGUCAUUGAUGAACCGGAAACUGAAACACAAACGCAAUCGAUGGCUCAUAUUUUGCCCAGUAAAGAAACGCAAAAUUCCUGGAAUCCUCAUCUUGAUAUUUCCAAUGUCGAGAGUAGUGAGGAGCCGAUAAAUUUGGGCGGUCGCUUCUCAAAGUCGCCGGUGGAAAGGGAGAGAAUUUUAAAGCGUCGAAAAGAACAUCUUCUAUUGUCAGCUCGACGGAAAUAUUUCGAGAAGCUUUGCAAUAAAAUUGAGACAGAUCUCGUAGAUAUAGAAUCACCGUCAUCAUCAUCAUCGUCAUCAUUAAAAUCACAAUCAUCUUCAUCGUCAUCUUCAUUAUCAUGUCCAAUAGCAUCGUCCUCUAGAAAUACACACGAAAUCACGUCCUAGAUGAUUUAGAAAAAUCAGUCCAAGAAGAAAGAAAAAAAAUUUAAAUAAUUCACUUUUUCUCAACUCAGGACUCGCAUCUCAGGAGAGAUUGUAAGAGAAACUUCUUCGUCUCCAUUUUAAAUGAAUGAAUCGUAUUUUAAUCAAGCGAUUCCGCAACCCUCCAGAUAGAGAAAAGAAGGUUAAGUAAGAGAGGAAAAAAGGGAAAAUGGAAAUAAAAUAGAAUUUUCAUUGAACAAUUUUAUUGAGAAAAGAGAGAGAGAGGAAAGAAAAGGAGAGAAAAAUUUGUAUUCGGAAAAAAGAGAAGGAGAAAAAAAGGAGAGAGAGAGGGAGAAAUAUAUAGAAGAUGAAAAAAUGAUGACUGAAAGAAGAGCGAAGAAGAAAGAUAGUAAAGAAGAAACAAAACUUAGAAGAAAGAAAAAGAAAAAUACGUACACGGAAAAAAGAAUAGCACAAGAGAUGUGCCAAACAGUAGGACAAGUCGUGUGCGUUAAUUCAGCUCGUCUGGUGUGCUCUUUGGAACAGCAGACAUACGUAGUUUGGCGCAGACGCUGUGCUUUACAGCUUUUACAUUUUAUAAGCACAGCGUCUGCACCAAACUAAGUAUGUCUGCUGUUCCAAAGAGGCACACCAGACGCGCUGAAUUAACGCACACGACUUGUCCUACUGUUUGGCGCAUCUCUUGUGCUAUUCUUUUUUCCGUGUAGAAUCGAAAAAGUGUAGAAAACAAGACUUGUAUUGUUAAUAUAAAAAAUAAAAAAGGCGAAAAGUAGAAA